CCCUGUGGGUGCCCGAGCCGCCCCGCCCGAGCGCCCGAGCUGGGAGGCCACGGGGGCUGUGCCGCAGUCGCUGCUUCAGCUGCCGUCCGAACUGCCGCUUCCUCCGCAGCCACUGUAAAGCCGCGCCCGUAGCCCGGCCGAGGAGGCUGCAAACGCAGCCGGGACCCCGCAGCCCACACCUCGAGCCCCCUACCGCCCUCCGAGGGCGCCACAGAUCUCGCCAUGGUGAAGGUGACGUUCAACUCGGCUCUGGCCCAGAAAGAGGCCAAGAAGGACGAGUCCAAGAGCGGCGAGGAGGCGCUCAUCAUACCCCCCGACGCCGUCGCGGUGGACUGCAAGGACCCAGAUGAAGUGGUACCAGUUGGCCAAAGACGAGCGUGGUGCUGGUGCAUGUGCUUUGGACUAGCAUUUAUGCUUGCAGGUGUCAUUCUGGGAGGAGCGUACCUUUACAAAUACUUUGCUCUUCAACCGGAUGACGUGUACUACUGUGGAAUAAAAUACAUCAAAGAUGAUGUCAUCUUAAAUGAAGCUUCUCCCGAUGUCCCAGCUGCUCGCUACCAAACCAUUGAGGAAAACAUUAAGAUCUUUGAAGAAGAAGAGGUGGAAUUCAUCAGUGUGCCUGUACCAGAGUUUGCUGAUAGCGAUCCUGCCAACAUUGUUCAUGAUUUCAACAAGAAACUCACGGCCUAUUUAGAUCUUAACCUGGAUAAGUGCUAUGUGAUCCCUCUGAACACUUCAAUUGUUAUGCCCCCCAGAAAUCUAUUGGAAUUACUCAUCAAUAUCAAGGCUGGAACCUAUUUGCCUCAGUCCUAUCUGAUUCAUGAGCAUAUGGUUAUCACUGAUCGCAUUGAAAAUAUUGAUCACCUGGGUUUGUUUAUUUAUCGACUGUGCCAUGACAAGGAAACUUACAAACUGCAACGCAGAGACACUAUUAAAGGUAUUCAGAAACGUGAAGCUGGCAACUGUGUUGCAAUUCGGCACUUUGAAAACAAAUUUGCGGUGGAAACUUUAAUUUGCUCUUGAACAAUCAAGAAAACCAGUACCGAGAAGAAUUAAAUACAGCCACAUAACCCCAUCCUUUGUAUUUUGUGCAGUGAUUAUUUUUUAAAAAAUCUUCUUUCAUGUAAGUAGCAAACAGGGCUCAUAAUCUUUUCAUCUCAUUCAUUCAAUUAAAACCAUUACCUUUUAAAAAUCUUCUUUUCUUUCUAAGUGUGGUGUCUUUUAUAUUUGCAUUGGUAAUUAUAUGAAACCAUAGAAAAUAUAGUACAUUUCACCAUAGAUCUUAGGUCUUAAGAAUUAAACUUUCUUUUAAAUCAUUUCUUCAGAUUUUUGUUUUGAUUAUGCAUCUUGGAGAGAAGGGUUAUCUAAAGUAUAAUCAUAUUUGUCUAUUCAUACCUAACAAUGGACCACAGUGACUGAAUUGUAGUUGCUAGCUGCCCUCCUACCUAGUAUGUUAGUUCAUUUGAGCACAGCAUUUUCAUUUUCCUCUUUAAUGUUCAGUAUUUUCAGUGUCAUAUUUAACUCUUUAGCUUAUGAUUUCCAACUUGAUGUUUUAAUAUCCCUGGCACUUACUGUAAUAAUAUUUUAGAAAAUGUUUGAAAUUUAAAAACUAGUUUGUGUUACUAAUUUGUAUAACUCAUAUCUGUGCAAUGGAAUAUAAAUACCACAAAGUUGUUUGACUAAAGGACUGUGUGUUGUUUUUCCCAUAUUAUAAAACCAAAGACUAAUUUUAUUCUUUUCCAAGCGUAUCUAUGUAACGGAAGAAACUACUUUUUAAUAGAAUUUAGUUCUCUUAUAUACUAAGUAAAAUCAAAGAUUUUCUUUUAAAUAAAAGUGGGUCUUUUU